AUGGGAAAGGACAUAAAGUCAUUCCCUCUUCCAGAUAUCGACUCCACGUAUGACAACACUAGCGGUAUUCCACGGGAGAUUUUUGAGGAGGCAAGCAUCGAGAUCAACAUCGAUGAUGUUGCGCUUUUGGAGUCUCUAAAUUAUGAGCAGAGGGCUGCCUACAAUGAGAUCAUGACUGCCAUUGACACCGACCAUGGUGGCUUGUUCUUUGUGGAUGGACCUGGCGGCACGGGAAAGAUAUUUUUGUAUAGGGCUCUGCUCGCAAAAGUACAUAGUCAAAACAAGCUUGCUGUGGCGGCAGCCACAUCCGGUGUUGCUGCCUCCAUAAUGCCUAGUGGGAGAACCGCUCACUCGCGCUUCAAGAUACCUCUUACUAUCGAUGAAGGUGGUUGCUGUACCUUCACGAAACAAAGUGGUACUGCCAAGCUACUACAGACAUUAUCUCUCAUAAUUUGGGACAAGGCAUCUAUGACAAAAUGGCAAGCAGUGGAGGCUCUAGACAAUAGCCUAAGGGAUAUAAUGGAUCUACCAGAGCUACCAUUUGGUGGCAAGACUAUUGUAUUUGGUGGAGAUUUCAGACAGGUCCUCCCAGUUGUCCGAAGGGGGUCAAGAGCUUAG